AUGAAUCUAAUUAUCCCUGAAGAGGAGAUCUUGGAUAACAGCUGUCAUAUAUCUGAUGCACUUGGUAGUGGACAGAGCAUGGAUUCCAUUCCAUCUACAUUUACAAACGGAAGCUGUAGCCCUAAUAGCUUGGAUCCUGAUAUUAGUCCAGAUGAGCAAGAGGAGAAAGCCAGGUUAAUUGCACAAGUGCUUGAAUUACAGAAUACAUUAGACGAUCUGUCGCAAAGAGUAGACAGUGUGAAGGAGGAGAACCUAAAGCUAAGAAGUGAAAAUCAAGUACUAAGUCAGUACAUUGAAAAUCUGAUGUCAGCAUCCAGUGUUUUUCAAUCCACAAGCCCAAACACUAAGAAAAAGUGAAUAUAUGUUUUUACAUUAGGAAGCGAAUGCUGAAGAAACAGGGAUUUUAAAUCAAUGUGAUCUUAUAUCUCCGUGAAAAGUAUGUGUCUCGAGAUUCCAAUUGAAACUGCCUUAUUUAAUGAGAGAAAUAUAAAAUUAAUGCAAGAAUAAACAUUCUUAAAUCAUCGUCUAACAAAUCAUGCGUUAUUUGAUAUUUACACAUGCAUUGUAUUUAUGUAUACACACGCUUUUCACGGAGAAAUUCAUUUACAAGUAAAAGUACGUUCUCUUUCAAAGCCCACGUUCGAAUUAAGUUUAUUAUUCGAGUCUGUGUACCGAGGAUCACGUUUAAUUUUUUGUAGUCAGCAUGUACAGUGCGCGUACGACGUGAUGGUCCUCCGAUUCCAUUGAUUCUUAUGGGGGUCAGAGUCCAUCAAGUUGUUACGGCGCGGUGCGCAUUUUGCUUGCUAAACGUAUGUCGUUUUAUUUAUUGCCAAAGAAUUAUUUUGCAUUUGUGCGUUUCAGUCACGUGUGUUCGAGGAAUCUCGAUUAUUAUGACAACAGAUCAUUUUGUAGCAUUUGAAACAAAAAGAUUGUUGAAAAUCUCAUACAUUCGAAUACUCGUCCAGAUUUUUUAACUAAGCAUCAUUCUCUUCAUAUUUCUCCGAUAUUUAUACUGUAAGUAUUAAAUGCAGUUAAGAGCAAAACUAAACACACAUUAUUUAAGGUUGAAUAACUAUUUUAAAAUCGAUUUUGAAAAAGUUCUUCAACUUUAAAUAGUGUGUGCUCAGUUUCCCUCCUAACUCUCGAAUUCGUUAAAGUUAUUGACGCUCUUCUUGGCGUAUUUGAUAUUUACGAAUAAGAAGCAAGGGUAGUAAAUGUUUGUAGCUAUCGUAUUUAAUCAACGUUUUUUAAUUGAAGCUUUCGCUUAAGGGUUUCGACAUACUUAUAUGCAAUGUAUGUAGAUGUACAAAAGAGAUAAAAAAUAGUUAUAUGUAUAUUACGAUAUAAAUUGCGUACGUACAAAUGCUGCGAGCACAGUGUAAAUUUUAAGCAUGAACGUGACUGACCGAUUGAAAAACUCAAUCGGCACUUUGCCUGCAGCAUAAUCGAGGAGUAUAAAAAAAAGAAAAGUAAUAAUAUACUGCAACGUAAAACUGCAACUUGCAAGAAAGUUUCAGUUGGAGGGCACAAGCAGAAUGCACAAUCCCAAAUUAUUCCAUUGUUGAGCAACACAGUGUUACAAUAAACAUAUUCUAUUGGAAGGUUAA